GGCAACACCAUAGAACUCGUUGCUAAAUUUGCAAACAAGAAAACGCAAAAGAUAUUUGCUGCUAGUUGCCCAGCUAAGUUUUCAUCGUUGAAGAUUAAAGUUAUAUAGUUUAGUGUUGUAUAUAUAUUCCCGCAUAUUAAUGCUAAUUCUGCUGCGCUCGAAGACAACACAAAACACGACUGGCAUCGCCUGUGUGUGAUUGGAAGUAUAAACAAAUACAGGAGCGAUCCGCAUACACACAGAAGCAUUAAAAGCCCUCCCCGUGCUCGUUGUUGCAGUCCUACAUUCCCACUCCCUAGUUAAAGCCAAAUUACAGAACAAAUAAAAUUAAAGAAAAACGGUCCCAAUAUGACUGCAGCUCCUUACAACUACAACUAUAUAUUUAAGUACAUCAUCAUUGGUGACAUGGGCGUGGGCAAGUCCUGCCUGCUGCAUCAGUUCACCGAGAAGAAAUUUAUGGCGAAUUGUCCUCAUACGAUUGGCGUUGAGUUUGGCACACGAAUCAUUGAGGUAGAUGACAAGAAGAUUAAAUUACAAAUAUGGGAUACGGCUGGUCAGGAACGUUUUCGUGCUGUAACACGUUCGUAUUAUCGCGGUGCAGCUGGUGCUUUAAUGGUUUACGACAUAACCAGGCGCUCGACAUAUAAUCACUUGAGCAGCUGGCUAACCGAUACGCGUAAUCUCACAAAUCCCAGCACGGUGAUCUUUCUAAUUGGCAAUAAAUCCGAUUUGGAGAGCACACGGGAGGUAACCUAUGAGGAGGCUAAAGAGUUUGCCGACGAGAAUGGUCUCAUGUUUUUGGAAGCCAGCGCCAUGACGGGCCAAAAUGUGGAGGAGGCGUUUUUGGAGACGGCACGCAAGAUCUAUCAGAAUAUUCAGGAGGGUCGCCUGGAUUUAAAUGCAUCCGAAUCUGGUGUACAACAUCGACCAUCGCAGCCGUCGCGACCAUCGCUCAGCAGCGAGGCAACGCAUGCCAAGGAUCAGUGCUCGUGUUAAAUGUAUUAAAUUUCUCUAGACACACACACAUACACACACUUAUAUACAUAUAUAUAUAUAUAUAUAGUUAAAAAAAUCGAAAUUUAAUUUUUAGCGCAACUCGUAAUCAUAUUGAUUUCUAAUCUAUAUAAAACAGAAUGCAUUGAGUAGAAAACAAAUCACAACCAAACAAAGGAAUACAAUGUAUGUACAAUAUAUGUAGUUAAAUGAUUGGUUUAAGUCGUGAAAAAGUGUGAACAAAUAACCAAAAUAUAUGUAAACGUCCCCGACAUUCAGAUAUCUGUGUAAUAUCUAAUAAGCUAUUGAUAGAAAAUUGAAUAAUCUACAUUCAACUGUUGCAUUAUGUUCUCAUUGCAAAGAAAAACAAAAACAAGUAAAAAUGAAAUCUAUGAAACUGUUUUGAUAUUUACAAAUGAAAGUGCAAAUGUGAAAGUAUACAAAUGUUGGCAAAUAUCUCUUAUUUCUAUGUAUUUACUUUAUGCAUUAAAUCAUUUUACACAUUUUCUUUGUUCUCUAUAACACAAUUUGUUAGCAAUACUAUGUAUAUAUUAUAAUAUUGUAUUUGUAACUUCUUUUAUGCUCAUUUCGUUGAAUGUUGUGUAAGCGUGCAAAAGUUCGAAAGCGAGCAAUGUUAUAUGAAUAUUAAAGACGUAUUAAACGCAUCAUGCUAUA